AUGGCAAACCCCCUUCCAUAUGCUGUCAAUCCCCUUCCUUUCGCGGGAAAAGUCAUCGCGGUUACUGGAGCCAGUCGAGGCCUGGGUCUAGCCCUUAGCAAGUACUUGCUCAUCCGUGGUGCUACUGUCUCUAUGUGUGCAACUUCAGCUGACAACCUCUCCAAUGCUGCCAAAGAGAUCGACGGUGAACUUCCGGAUGCCAAGGGCCGGUACUGGACGUGUAUUGUGGACAUUGCCAACCUCGAUAGUGUUCGCUCUUGGAUUGAAGAGACCGUCGCAAAGUUUGGAAAGCUCGAUGGGGCGGCGAAUGUUGCAGCGGUGGAGCAACGCGAAAUCUUCCCCAUAACAGAUCUUGACCCAGAGUACUUCGCCAGGCUAGUCAAUGUAAACGUUGUGGGCACCUUUCAUUGCUUGAAAGAAGAGAUGAAGGUUAUCAAGGAUGGAGGCUCGAUCGUGAACGUCGGGAGUAUUGCGAGCCAGUACGCGACAUAUGGUACUUCGGCCUACGUCGCAGCUAAGCAUGCACUCAUCGGCUUGACAAAAGUUGCUGCUUUUGAAGGUGCAUCGAGACGAGUCAGAGUCAACGCGCUGUGCCCCGGCUGUUUCAAUACACCGAUGAUGACAGAACCGUUCAAUUCGUCACAAGGGCAGUUCUUCCUAAACAAGGACAACAUUCCAUGUAUCCUCAAGCGUGAGCUCCCAGAAACAUGGGAAAUUGCUGGGUCCAUUGCGUUUCUACUUGGUGAUGAGGCUGCACACGUCACGAAAGCGUCGUGGUUUGUUGACGGCGGCUGGACGGAGGGAACUUAUAGUUCUGGCUGA